AGAAUAUGGUAGCAUCUCUCAUAGUUAAAAUUUUUUUUUGUUUGCGCCAUUGAUUUUGUGAUCAAAAGAUCAGUCAAAUAUAUAUUAAUCAGAUUUAAAUUGACUGGAAAUGAUAUUUCAGAUAUUUACAAGAAAGUAACUCAAGAACAUGCUAGGAAGAAGUAUAAGGAGAUCAAUUCAUAAUCCAAGUAGAAUACUUCGGAGAUUUCAACAUACCGUUAUUGGAAUUGACUUAGGUACUACUAAUUCAGCAGUUGCCAUAGUUCAAAAUAAAGAAGCUAGAAUCUUAGAAAAUGAAGAAGGAGGUAGAACUACACCAUCAAUAGUGGCAUUCACCAAUAACGAUAAGGAAACGUUAGUAGGAUUACCCGCCAAGAGACAAGCCAUUAUAAAUCCCGAGAAUACAUUCUUUGCCACCAAAAGAUUGAUAGGCCGAAAAUUCGAAGAUGCCGAAGUUCAACGAGAUGUACAUCAUGUUCCAUAUAAAUUAGUACCUAAUACCAAUGGGGAUGCCUGGUUGGAGACUUCAAAGGGUAAGAAAAUAUCACCAUCUGAAAUUAGUGCCCUUAUAUUACAAAAAAUGAAAAAUAUUGCUGAAAAUAACUUAUCUAAAGAACAAUUACCUAUAAGACAUGCUGUUGUGACAGUUCCUGCUUAUUUCAAUGAUUCUCAAAGACUGGCCACUAAAAACUCGGGGAAAUUAGUUGGACUUGAAGUUUUACGAGUGGUAAAUGAACCAACAGCUGCAGCUUUGGCGUAUGGUAUCAAUAAUAAACAAAAAGAUGGUAUAGUUGCAGUAUUUGAUUUAGGUGGAGGGACUUUCGAUAUUUCAAUCUUAGAUAUCGAAGAUGGUGUGUUCGAAGUUAGAGCAACUAAUGGUAAUACUCACCUUGGAGGUGAAGAUUUUGAUAUCUUAUUAUUAAACUUUAUUCUUGAUACAUUUAAAAAUGAAAGUGGUAUUGAUUUACUGAAGGAUAGAUUAGCAGUUCAAAGAAUAAGAGAAGCUGCUGAAAAAUGUAAAAUAGAAUUAUCUCAUGUAAAGGAAACAGAGAUUAAUAUCCCAUUCAUUACUAAAGAAAAGCAUAUUAAAAUAAAGUUAACUGAAGAUGAAUUAGAUGAAAUGUCAUUACAUUUGAUCAAUCAAACGAUUGAUCCUGUUAAAAGAUGUAUAAGGGAUGCUGAAUUAUCCAUUAAUGAAAUUGAUGAAGUUAUUCUAGUAGGAGGUAUGACAAGAAUGCCAAAAAUUAGAAAGAUUGUUGAAGAUCUCUUUAAAAAGAAACCUAAUACCAGUGUUAAUCCUGAUGAAGCCGUUGCCCUUGGUGCUGCUAUUCAAGGUGCUGUCUUAUCGGGACAAAUUAAAGAUGUUGUAUUACUUGAUGUCACACCAUUGUCAUUAGGAAUAGAAACAUAUGGUGGUAUUUUCAGUCCUUUAAUUCCAAGGAAUUCAGCAGUCCCUAUUAAGAAGGAACAAAUAUUUUCAACUGCUGUAGAUAAUCAAACCGGGGUUGAAAUCAGAGUCUAUCAAGGGGAAAGAUCAUUAGUCAAAGAUAACAAAUUGAUUGGAAAUUUCCAAUUAUCAAAUAUUCCAGUUGGACCAAAAGGUUCACCACAAAUUGGAGUCACAUUCGAAAUUGACGCUGAUGGUAUUAUAAAUGUUUCAGCUACUGAUAAAACCAAAUAUCCUAAAGAACUGGAAUUUUAUGGUAAACCAAAUAGUGUUUCAAUUCAAGUAUCAGGUGAAACUGGAUUAUCUGAAGAAGAAGUGAAGAAGAUUCUUGAUGAAAGUGCCAAAAAUAAAGAAGCUGACGCUGAACUUCGUAAGUAUUUUGAACAUGCAUCUAGAGCAGAUAUUAUCUGUACUGAUACUGAGAGUGCUUUAUUGCAGUUCGGACAAUUGAUGGAAGAAGCUGAACUCAAAUCAAUUAACGCUGCGGUAGAGUCAAUCAGAAAGAAGAUUAAUGAUAUCAGAGACAAUAAGGAAUUACAUGAUCCAACCAAGCUCAAUACUGAGGUUACUUCUAUGCAAGAAGAGUGCUUACUGGCAAUUAGAAAAGUUGCUCAGAAGCAACAACAAGAACAGAAACAAUAAGAGAAAUAAAAUACAUCGCUUGUAAAUAUAUAAAAAGUCAUUUUUUUUAGUUU